GUUCAGUUUGUAUUCAGUCUGUCAACGCGUCGCAUGCGUGAGUCGAGUGCGUCCCCCAACAAGUGUGUGGCAAUAUUAUUUGAAUAUAAAUUUUCAACGAAAUACUGCGUGGAAAAUAUAGCGCAGAAAUUAAAGUAAAAGUGCCAGUUAAAGUUAACAAGUUUGCAAACUCGGUCAUGUCGUCGCCCCAUGCCAUCAGUGUCUUGCUAUUGGGGUUGCUAUCCCUAGCGCUUAGCUUCAAUGCAGCCUCUGCAUCGCUACGUUGCUGGCGCUGCUCGACAGAUGUGUCCAACGGCGAGUUCUGCAACGAUCCCUUCCAGCCAGAUUCGAUAUCGGAGCAGCUGCGCUAUUGGAGCUAUGUGAACUGCACCAACUCGGUGGGCGUCAAGUCGGUGAAUGCGCGUCCCGUCUGCAAGAAGCUUGUGCAAGAAGUCUAUGGCAAGCGUGUGAUUUCGCGCUCCUGCUUCUAUGAGGAUGUGGAUGACUCGCCGGACAAGUGCGCCAUGGACACAACCUCAUCGUAUAUUAAGACCGUUUAUUGCCGCACGUGCACCACGGAUGGUUGCAAUGCGGCGUCUGGAGUCUCGAGAUUGCUGUGGCUGCUGCUGCUGCCGCUGCUUGCCGCACUGAGGCAGCUAUGCAAAUGAAGCAAUUGGCAAUGCAACAAACCACAAG